AUGGCUACUGUCAAAAUUGAGCCAAUGAUGCCGGCUUGUGUGGGCAAAAUUAUAGAAGCAGAUGAAUCUUGGAAAUGUAGAAAAUCUGAAGUUAGAAAAAGAAGACUAAGAAGAGUUGCUUACAGCCAGCAAUUUUUAGCCAGGAGAAAUGCAUAUAGGGCUCAAAGCAAUACCAAAAACUUGAUUAACAAGAGAAAUAAGCUCCUUAUUGAGGCAAGGCUCUUACAUAUUCACGAAAUACAAGUUAAAAACGAGAAAGAAAUCAAAAAAAAUUUACAUAUCAAGCAAAAAAGGGAGUUUUUAGAUAAUAUUUUCAAAAUUAACAAGAUUGAGUUAAUUAACAGGGGGGAAAAUACCAUCCGAGAAAUCAUAAAGAAGGAGUUAUUAAAUGCAAAAGAGGUUUCAAAGGUUCAAGAAGCUAAACUAAAGAAAUUUAAUGAUGAUAAACUUUUCAUAAUUUCUGAGGGUACAAAAAGGAAAGUAGAGUUUAUAAAGAAUGCUGAGAGAUUUAUCAGGAAAAUUAUUGAGAAUCUCCAUCUUAAAGGCGUAAAAAAGCUUAAUAUUGAUUUAAUUACUGAAAAAGGUAACUUAAAAGAGGGGAUUACAAUUGACGUUGAGAAAAAGGAAGUAUUAUUAAAGAACCCUGAGGUGGCAAGAAAUUUAAUAAAGAAGUCCAAUUACUCCAAAUUUGUUGGCCAGUUGUCUGGAAAAAAAGUUGACCUUUCAAUUAAGAAUGAUUCAAUUUUAGAGCCUAAAAUAAGCAAUGUUCCUGAGAGUAAUGUAGGCAAAGACUAUAAGAUUGAACUGGAAAAGAAAAAGCAACCAAUAAGGAUGAUGAAAUUUGAUAGUAAUAUCAGGUCUCCAAUUGAAGCUAGAAGUGAAUCAAAAGAAUGUAUAUUAGACACGAAAUCACUGAAAAUAAUAAAGUUUGACAAACAAAAAGGUAGUUCGGAACUAAUACCAAAGUCUGACAUUCAAAUAAGAUCUCCUGGCUUGGUAAAAGUCUCUUCACAGUUAAGUAGCUCCAUUCAAAUAGGUAAGGCAAAAUCUUUAAUUAAGUCCUUGCCAAUUGGUAACCAAAUUCCCAAAGCUAAGUCAGUUGAAAUUUUAAAAAAAGAUGCAUUAUUUAAGACAAAAGGAGGUAUCCAGUCUAAGGUUACCGAAAAAAAGAAUGAUUCGGGCAAUAAUACUCUAAAGGAUUCUAACACUUCUCUCUCAGAAAAAUCACCAAUGGUAAAAGACACACUAAUCAAAAGUAUAUAUACAAAGGUGGCCUCAGGAAAGGAACUUAUUGCAAAACCAAAGUCAAAGGAUUCAGUUGGAAUAUUAGUUAAGGAUACACUCAAUUUAGAUGGAAAAUCCAAAAGUGAUAUAUUGAAACUUUCAGAGGGAAAGAAGAGCCCUCCUACAAAGAGUAUAAAUGAUAUGCCAAAUUCCCAAGGCCUGGAACAAAAUCAGGAGCUGAAAAAGACAUUUUCAAAGAGCUUUCCAAAGGCAGUGGUAACAAAAUCAGAGGUGUUGAAGAAAAAUGAUGUAAUGUGUAAAAAGGUACUUCCAAAACAGCUGGAAAAAGUAAAACCAAUAAUUAAAACUAAAGAGAAAUCAGAUGGAAUUCUUCCACCCUUAAAAAUUGUUCCUAAAACGGCACCUAAUGCUUUGGAAAAGGUUGAUCAUAAUAUAUUGAUUUACGAUUCAGAAAAAUAUUGGAGCAGUAGACUCUAUGAUCUUUAUAGAAGGAUGAAAGGAGAAAGUUCUCAGGAAAGUAAUGUAUCAAAAAAGUGUUUAAAGAGAGAAAGGAGGAGACUUUCCACACGAAGUGUAAUUGAGAAAAGAAGAAUGAGGAUUUAUACAAGGUUGAGACUAAUAAAUAUGGCAGAUUCUAAAAGAGGAAAGCACACAAAGCUAUUUAUAAAGCCUGGAAUUUUAAAAAGAUAUGGAAUUCCAGCAUUGAUGAGCUGUUCUUAUAGAGACACAAACCAGGCUUUGUGCUCAGAUACGGAACAAAAGUAUUUAAUUCACAAGCUCUCUCCAAAUUACACAAAUAAAUCACAUAUUGAAUAUUUAUUAGAUAAUACUAACAGUUAUGUUUUUGGAAUACACAAACAUCAUGAACUUUUGUCCAUAGCUAGAAACAGUUUGAAUGAAGAUAUUCAAUUUUGGAGGCUAAACAAAUUAUCUAAAUAUGCUUUAACGACGAAAAUGAGUAACCUUGAACAGUUUAUUGAGGAAGUAAUGGGAGAGAUGAUCAUUAAUGGAGAUUUAAAGCAAGAAUCACGUGAAAAUAUGUUGGAGAAUAACAUCAUGAGACUCAGGUACUUAGUAAAUACUGGGAGAAAUGAGAGACCAACUUUUACUAGUUGCAAAGAUCAAAAGAGUGAUGAAACCAAUCAACUUUGGGAUAAGCUAAUUUCCAAGUUGAACAUAAGUUAUGACUACAAAUCUUCUAAGAAAAUUUCAAAUACUAAUAAUCUUUGGAGAAAGGCUUCCGACUUUAUUUAUGAAGAGGAAGUUGAUUUAUUUAAGAAGGUAUAUUAUUUAUCAGAUUUGGAAGACCUUAAUAUAAAUAUAGAUGAUUCAAUACUUCAAAGUACAUUAAAGACUAUUAGAAUACCCUACAAUAGUCAGGAUUUCAGAUUUCCUUUUAUUUUUUCAAAAGAAAUCAAGAGUUCUAAGAAUGGAAGUUAUCAUAGAAGAGACUUUAUUAGUUACGUAGGAAAAUUGUCACCUUGGACAAAAAUGGCUUUGAUUCAAAAAAGAAAGAGGAACAAAAAAUCAAUAUAA